GGACACCGGGGCCCGGAGCUGAGGCACCUCCCUCGGGGGGUGGGGAGGGAGUGUGAGAGACAAAGAGGAAUUCCCGGCCCCCGAUCGCCGAGAAGCCUCGGGCUUUCCUGCGGAGAGUAUCGGGAGCCUGGUGGCGGGUCGCCGGGGCGGGUCACCAUGUCGAGCUCCCGGGUUUGCCGAACCUGCGGCUGCACGGACAUUGACAUUGACCAGGCCCGGGGCGAUGCGGUCUGUACGGCCUGUGGCUCCGUGCUCGAGGAUAACAUCAUCGUCUCCGAGGUACAGUUCGUGGAGAACAGCGGCGGCGGCUCCUCGGCUGUUGGACAGUUCGUCUCCUCGGACAGUGCUGGUAAAGCUCCAUCGCUGGGAACAGGGUUCCACACCAACCUUGGGAAGGAGUCACGUGCACAGACUUUACAGAAUGGUCGUCGUCAGAUUCACCAUCUGGGUAACCAGCUCCAAUUAAACCAGCACUGCCUUGAUACUGCCUUUAACUUCUUCAAAAUGGCAGUUAGCAAGCACCUCACCAGAGGUCGGAAAAUGAGCCACGUGGUCGCUGCCUGUCUAUAUCUGGUCUGUCGAACAGAGGGGACUCCUCAUAUGUUAUUGGAUCUCAGUGACCUGUUGCAGGUGAAUGUCUACGUGUUGGGAAAGACUUUUCUUCUCCUGGCCAGAGAGCUUUGUAUAAAUGCUCCAGCAAUAGAUCCAUGUUUAUACAUCCCGAGGUUUGCCCAUAUGCUCGAGUUUGGAGAUAAGAACCAUGAGGUUUCUAUGACAGCACUCCGUUUAUUGCAAAGGAUGAAGCGGGACUGGAUGCAUACUGGCCGGCGGCCGUCUGGACUAUGUGGGGCAGCUCUCUUGGUUGCUGCUAGAAUGCACGAUUUCAGGCGAACUGUUAAAGAAGUCAUUCGUGUGGUCAAAGUCUGCGAGUCAACUCUCAGGAAAAGGCUUAAUGAAUUUGAAGAGACACCAACCAGCCAGUUAACAAUCGACGAGUUUAUGAAGAUUGAUUUGGAGGAAGAGUGUGACCCACCUUCAUUCACAGCAGGAAAGAGAAAGAUUCGGCUGCAACAGUUGGAGCAAGAACUCUCCAAAAAAUUGGUGGAUUUUGAAGGCGAAAUCGCAAGUUAUCAAGAUGAGAUUGAGACUGAACUGGAGAUCACUCGACCAAGGUAUCGAGGAGCUUAUGCUAACUAUGCUAAAGGAGAUACUCUGGAUGAUGGAGCCUCAGUAACCUCCAGUGGAUUAGGUGAGGAAGAGGGUGAGGAUGAAGAGCUGACGGCGGUCGCAAACCAUCUCAACAAGGAUUUCUGUGAUGACUUCCUCAAUGAAGAGCGGCCAAAAGAGAAUGAUAAAACAGAGGAGGAGAAAGAAUCAGAGCCUCCGCCCAAACCCCCGAAUAUAGCCUCUCUGUUAGGCCCCCUCCCUACAGCAGCCAGCCUUGGCCUGAAGGAGUCCAUUGAAGAGUGUAUAGCAGCUGAUGAACCUGAGUCAGGUGUUGAUCCUCAGAAAGGUGAAUUGGACUUGAAUGGCAUCGAUGACAAUGAAAUCGAUAGGUAUCUGCUCAACGAGAAGGAGGUGGAAAUGAAAACUGAGCUGUGGCUGAGAGAGAACGCAGAUUACCUGAAGGAGCAAAAGGAAAAGGAGGAACGGAUAGCCAAAGAGAAAGAGCUUGGGAUUUACAAAGAGCAGAAGCCCAGAAAAUCAUCUAAGAAACGUGAGCCAAUCCGAGCCAGCACCGCAGGGGAAGCCAUAGAGAAAAUGCUGGAGCAGAAGAAGAUCUCGAGCAAGAUAAAUUACGAUGUGCUGAGGGAUCUGAACAGCAAGGGGAGCAGCACACCAACCCGGGAGGAAAGUGACAGCAGUAACCGUGGCGGCAGUAACAGCCGCAGCAAGAAGGGACCAGCCCACCGAAAGUCAGCCGCAAACUCCCGAAGCCUUGCUACACCCGUCAACAACCUGGGCAAGAGACUUCGGCCCCUGAUUUCUUCAGUACCUUCGAAAAAACCAGCAAAUAACCCGGCUCCUGACUCAGGACCUGGUGCUAGUCAGGUAGAGCAGCCUGUUGCAGUGCUGGUCGAGAGUGGCCCUGUGGUUUAUAAUGAGGACGAGGUGGAAGAGGAGGAGGAAGUGGAAGAAGAGGAAGAGAACUGCCUCAGUGCACUGCAGCUUAUCGGUGGAAAUGAUUAUGGCUUUGAAAUGGAGGAGGAUGAUGGAUUCUAAAUGAUGGAGGAUGAUGGCACUUUCCCGAAGGAGCAUUGAAGCCGGUCGGAAAGUUGGGAGUGUUUCCUGUUCUGUUCAAGGCAGACAGCUUGGUGGCAGAGCCCCGUUCUCCUGCGUGACCGGCUUGAUCUAGGAAAGCAGUCGCGAAAGCCUGGGAAUGUCUUUGCCUGGCUCGUGACAUGACGACGGUUUUCAGGCAUGUGUGACUGAAGAACUUUUUUUUUGAUCAGUAGCUAUUUGAAAAUGAAAUGGCAACUCUUGGCUUUUUGAGUUUUUGUUUCCUUGUUUAUUUUUUGUACAGAAUUUGCUAUUUAUUACAGUUCAUUUGAAUAAUUUAGUUUUUUUUAUUCCUGUGUACCUACCAUCCUGUGGAGCAGAGAUGCUUGAAACAAUAGGGUGUAGGAGAGAUGGUUUAGAAAUCUGGGGGACAAAAUGUGGGAAUGUCACAUGGGAAUGCCAACUUGAAAAAAAAUUCCACAAGUGCACCCACAUUUCCAUGUGCCUGGUUUUUACUGGAAUUGGUGUGAUAGCAUGUCUCUAAACAAUGAGAUGCUAAUUUCCAAUAGGCAGGGGUCUGCAAGAAGUCGUCAUUGUCUAAUCUGCUGAAGGUCCAUUUUGUUGUUUGAAACCAUGCAGAAAUGAUCAGUUAUGUUCAGUACUAAGUCCUCACGGUGAGUGUGAUGUCAGAGUGUCAGGGAGUGCCCAUGCCGUCAGCUCAGUUACACAGGAAGAAAAUCCAUGGCCUCUUUCUAAAUUGUUGAUUGCUGAUUGUAGAUUCACUGGUUUGAGUUGCUUUGAUAUCUUUUCUGUUCAUUCCAUAGGAUCAGUGUUUUUCUAUAUAAAAAAAUAAAAAUGAACAAACUCA